AUGUCGAAACCCUUACAGAUCGCUACGUACAUCAUGACCUGGACUAGCUUCCCAAGUGCUAUUGCGUCUUGCAUGCUCAGAUGCUACUGUUGCAAAUAUCUCAAACGCAGCUGGAAAGCGGAUGACGUUGUGUCUCUGGUCGUGGGAGUGUCACUCGUUGGCGCACUGGGCAUUUGGCAAAGGAUCUUGUUCUUGGGUUGUGCAGGGCCUGCGCCAAACGUGUGCAACUACUCCGACCCAAGCGGUGAUGCCCUUAUCUGGCUAUUUGUCACCUCAAUCUACUACGCUCUCUUACACUACGUCGUCCGAACCGCCUUCUUCACGUUAUAUCUGCCAUUUUCCGCUCAGUCCAGGUUCCGCUUCUGGAUCGGUAUGGGAUUUGGAAUGAACUUCAUGGUGCUCAUAAUCGACCUGCUUCUCGUCGUGUUCCAGUGCAAUCCCAUCACAGCGGCCUUCAAGCCUGCACAACACUUGACAGCGCAGUGCAUGGAUCGAAGGUUGGCGUUUUACGCGCCAGCCGUGUUGAACGCUUUACUGAACCUCUACGUCUUGGUCCUACCUCUUCCCAUGUUUUGGUCCAUUCAGAUGCCAACACGCCGCAAGAUAUACAUUUUUUGCCUGCUGACGACCGGCACCGCUGCUGUCGCACUGGGCUUCAUACGCAUCGACUCUCUGCGCAGGCUCACCACCAACAUCGACACAUCAGCCGCAGUCGGUGAGAUGAUGAUCGUGGCUGCCCUGGGUAUGAGCCUCGCUGCAAUUACCCACAACCUCCCCUCGAUGCGAAUCUUUUGGAGGCACGUAUCAAAGUCGCGUUCGAAUGUAAGAGACACGUCGUAUCGGCCCUGCAACAUCAACUCGCGAGACAAGCUUCAGGCAACCACUACGUAUUGGCUUGGCAGUGCUGUAAGUGGACUUGAAGGCUCGCUGAGGCACAUACAGCCCACAGUGUCUGUGACGAGUCCGACCGAUCGGCCACUUCCAGCUGUACUAAUGACGACUUAUGAUGGCAGUCCAAACCAGCUACGAUAUCCUGUCGUCGAUCUUGAGUUCGGGAUGAGGCCUCGAACGCCUCCGAGGAUCUUUUGA